CUGCAGAGGACUGCCUGACGAAGGACCUUGGGAACGUGGAGGGCCAUGGCGGAGUCGAAGCUUCUGGCACCAGAGCUAAGCGAUGCAGAGUCGAUGGGUGAUGAGACCGUGCGGUUUCAGGAGAUGCUACUGCAGGCUUCCAAAGAGCUCCAGCAAGCCCAGAUGGAAAGGUCAGAAUCUACACAGAUCCGGCCCCAGCCUGGUUUCUGCAUAAAGACCAACUCAUCGGAAGGAAAGGUUUUCAUCAACAUCUGCCACUCUCCCUCCAUCCCUCCCCCGGUGGACGUGACUGAGGACGAACUGCUUCAGAUGCUGGAGGAGGACCAAGCUGGCUUCCGAAUCCCCAUGAGCCUGGGAGAGCCACAUGCCGAGCUGGAUGCAAGUCAGUACCCUCAGAAGACACCAAGUCUCUUCCCUCAAGAUCCUGCGAUUCUCAGGAGCUUCCAGUCAGGGUUGGGAGCCAGAGCGGAUUGACCCAGGCCUUCAGGGAACAUGCCCUGGGGCUCUUCACUGAGUUAAGGAGGCUUCAGAGAAGGCUGCCUGGAACAGUAGUAGUCUGAUAGAAGAUUUGAAGAGUUAACUGGGCAGUGGUGGCGCACGCCUUUAUCCCAGCACUAGGUAGCACAGGCAGGCAGAUCUCUGUGAGUUUGCGGUCAGCCUGGUCUACAGAGCGAGUUCCAGGACAGCCAGGGCAGACAGAGAAACCUGUCUCAGGAAAGAUUUGAAGAGGGUUUUAAGCAGAGACGACUAGUGAGCUGGGCAUG